UCAAAGAUUCUGAAAUGGCGAACCGUCGUAGCAUCAAGAAGACUGCUCAAGACCGUGGCAAAAAGAAAUUCAUUGAAGAGCCGGUGCCGGCGUUUGAUGAAUCCUAUACAAAACCGCAAGCACCAAAUAUAUUCCUUUAUAUCCAACUGGCCAACAUUUCUUCCCUGCCGACCACUAUUCAUCCAUUGGAAAUACAUCUCGAGCAGGGCGGUAGUUUGAUUGUGAAGUGCAGCGAGCAAUACAAUACUGAUGGAUACAUUUUGCAAAAUGAGUUCGAUUCAAAGCCCACGUUUACACUUAUUUUCCAACAGGACAACAUAGAUAGGAUAAAUCAUGCCGUAGACAAUCCAUUGCUCAUUAUGCUUUAUAUGCGUAAGCUUGAGGUGCCACCAAUGUCAGUGGAGGAGGAGAAUCUGAUGGAUGAGGGCGAAUCAGAAGAGCGUCCCGCAUCCACAACAGAAGCGGAAGUGCAAAUACAAAAGGAACCUGUGCGACCGAGUGUUCAAUAUGAGGAAUCGGGAAAACAUGAAGAAGAUGAUGAUGUGGAUUACUAUCUAGAAAAUGAGACAAUGCUGCUGCUCUGUGCGGGAUAUUUGGAUUUAAUAAAGCUCUUCAGUCAUCGACGCUGCAUGACACGGGAAGAUUUAUUUUUAUACCCAUUCCCGGAUGUACCCAACGAGUUGAGGCGGACAGUGAAAACGGAAUGGCAUCUAUAUACGUUAUUACCCAUAGCCAAGGAGCUGAAGUUUACGGAAAUGGCUUUUAUCACGUUUGAGUCCAUCUACAAUCUGAAGGAUAACUAUGUUAUUGAUACCAACACAAUGGAGAUCGACCUAUCCUUUCGCUCCACGCGCCCCAAUGAGCGCAACGAGUAUGAGGAGAUACCAUUGUGUACCUUUAAGCAUCUGGUCAACACCACUAUCAGUAAGCAGCACAUUCACCAUGUCUUUGAAUCCUUUCGCAGCAAGUCCUUAAACCUGCAGGAAUGUAAUGCCCCCGGUCUGAAGUCUGUGAUGGAGGUGGAACUGCACAGACUCUUUCUAGAUCUGAUGCGAUCCGAAGGCCUGCAAGUGGACUUCGAAUACAUAGAUGUAGUGUAUGAUGAUGUCAUUGUCUGCAACUCCUUCCAUCGCUAUGCUUUGACACAUGAGAUGUCCAGCAUAUUGGUCCAGGCCAUUGCCUUUCAACAGUUCGUGGUGGCCAUCGAUAUUUGGCAGGCCGGAGAGACGCGACAAAAACUAUUUCGUGGCGUUCUGGAUCCAGCUAUACUCGUCUAUCCCAAUGUGACCACCAUGCGCUUCGCCGUCGAGCUCGAAUAUGUGGGGCCAAAGGGAAAACCCAAAUCCAGGCGACAAACUUUGACGAGCCUAGCUAGCCAACGCAUUAGCUCCAGUCGUAAUAAACAAAACCAUCCGGCGCCCAGACUUCCCACUUUUGCAAUUGUAAAGAUCUGCCUGUUUGCCCCAUUGGGCGAAAUUUCUAAGGAGCUCGUAAGACUCGGCGAUAGUUGUGUCAGCCACAAUCGUUUGGGCAUCUGCGACCAUCUUCCCUCAGAUGUACAUAUUGUGAAAUAUGCGGAAAUUGAACGCGAGGCUUAUCGUAUGUUCGAUAAGUUUAUGCAGGAAACAAUUACAUAUAUUGUGGAAAACGAUGUCCAUUCUGUGGAGGAGCGGAGAGAGUAUUUUUGCUGUAUCCUUAACAAUUUCGCGAAUAUUCUUCUAAAGGUGGUGGGCAGUGAUUUCAAUGUUCGUGUUCCCACCAAAACUAAUGUGGAUUUCGCGAAUCUCUGCUCUAUUGCGUACAAUGAGUUGGAGCUGCGAGUGCAUAAUAUUGUUGCAAAAGUCGAAGAAGACGGAUUCGAAGACGUCAGCAGUGAUGAACACGCCCAGAUGGAUACACUCAUCGAUCAUAUGAACGCAAUAAAAAUCCUCUAUUCCGUAAGGGCGGGGCGUAUGGAAAAAUUUUUGUACGAGCAGAUAAAACGAGAAUGUCACGAUCCAGACUUGCUAGACUUUUAUCUUCUUAUCAGUAAUAUGGAGCGUGGAGAUUAUGAGGCAGCCAAAGCCUAUUUCAUUUCCCCCAAAAAAGUCUCAGAAGUGCACGACUACUUUGCAGGCUGGAUAAAGCUUUACAUAACGUAUGUGGAUACUCGAAGUAAUCCUGUAACGGCUGUUAAUGCCACUGAGUGCCUUUUAAAUAGUAUUACUAACUAUUCAGAAGAGCACUCCGCUCAGAUGGACGGUUGGAUAUUAUUGUAUUGUUAUUACAAACAAUUCAAAUAUGUGCCGGGCUCUGCAUAUGCCCGAUGGCGGUACGAGGAUCAGUAUAACCAGCUGCGAAGCAGCAUAUCGUCGGCUCCCUACAGUUUAUGGGGGAUUGUGCUAAAUCUAUAUCCGAAAUUCAAUGACGAUCGCGGAUACAUAUUCUACGAUGUUUUCAAAGUCUUUGUCCGACUCGGCCUUUACGAAUUUGCCAAAGUCAUAUUUUCGACUGUGGAAAAUCUAUGCAAUGAAUCGGACCGCUAUUUGAUAAAUACGACGUUAAAUACUUUACUAAAUCAAUUGGAUCCGAAGUUUACAGUUCGCCAGUUCAGUUUCGACAGUUCGGAUCACGGCAAGAAAAUGAGCGCGUUUCUAUCCCAGGCCAAUGGUAACUUGGAAUAUCAUCGAGGAAAUAUGAGUAAGGCGGCCAACUACUAUCAGCGGAAUCUGGAGCUGCCGGUGGCUGAAAAUGAAAGAGAUAGAUUCCUAUUAAGCGCUUUGCGGCUGGCCUAUAUAUCGUAUGAUAAUGGCGAUUAUGAGACUGCUAUUAAGGCAUUUUCAAAGCAAGUUUGUGGACGACUCGUGCCGCUAGUUUGUAAUUAUAUGAUUGGAAAGUCCUACUACAAGCUACAGAAAUACGAAAAGGCGAUCGAGUAUUUUGCGCGGUGUACAAGACAUAAUACCCAUGUACCGGACAUUUGGGCCCAUCUGGCUUUAGUGAACAUCCAUCUCGGAGACAAUUAUGCUGCGCUAGAAUGCUGGAAGUACGCCAAAAUUGAUCCGACCAAAUUCAUUGAUGAUGAAAUCAUCUUGGAGCUCGAUAAAAUUGAUUUUGACGACGUCGACUUGUUUAUAGACCUGCCAGCCAAUAAGUGUUGAAAUUGUUGCUUUCAAUUAUUUAUAUUUUGUUAGCCUAUAAAUAUAUUUUAAUAGCUUCAUCCAA